AUGAGAAAUCACAGUCACUCGAUUGCAAUUGUCUAUCCAAAAGCAAGUCAAUUUUUCACGCUCUUAAAAUGGCUACAGAGGAUUCUUGGGUCUUGGAUUCGUUGGUGUGCUUCUUGCACGGACCAGUCUGGAAUGCGCCUUUACAGACAUUCAUAGAGGAAAAAUCGUUAGUCUUCGAUCCCAAUAUGCAUAUCAAUGAGGAUAGUCCUGAUAUCGUGGCGAUUCAUAAUGAGUAUAAAAAUCUGGUGGACUACAUGCUGGGCAGUUUCAUGGAGGAAAUGCAAAUCACGCCGGAACAAUUUGAGACGGCAUGCAUGGAAGGUAGAAACCCGGACAAUCAUUUGCAUUUUCAUCAGGGACUCUUUCAGCAGAUUUGGGCGGCGAAUGAUAUCAAAAUGUUCAUACGCAUGAUGACCCAACGGAAUGUAGAGUUGCAACUGCAAGCCUUGGAUUUGAUAGAGAAAAAUCAAUUGGCGCUGCUGCAGGAAAGCGAAGCGGUUGACAAUGCUAGCCCCACUGAGAGCAGCAGUUCAAAUUUCGAGAAAUAUGACGAAGUCGAGGAUUUUAUAGCCAAAUCGGUGGAGAAAGAACUUGGUAGUCCUGACGCGGCUGUAACACCUGAGCCAGAGAAUGCUGAGGCAAGCGUGAGCGAUAAGUUUGAGCGUCUCAAUUUGUUCUUCGAUAAUCAAAAGGUCAACCCCGAGGAUGUUGUGUCGCGUCAAGAAUACUUGCGUCAGCAGCGUGAUAAAAUUGUUGAGAUCAAAAAGAAGACACGGGCCAAACAACUGCUGGAAACGGUGGCACGUAAAAGUGCUUCAGAGCCCUCGUCCACUGGACGGCCGUCAUCGGCGCAAGUGGCGCAAAGAUUGCUGGAAAACGGUGGCAAAACCACUGAGCUACUAGAUAAAGCGUCUGCAGAAGAAAAUGCCGAUGAGUCGCAAAACUCGGCUCUACAAUUGCGUAAGACUCUGGCCAAACGCUUGCGAGCCGAAGUUGUAGAACAACAGUAGAUACAGAAUUGAGAAAUCUGCGAUGUAGAAGCGCCUUUGUACUUUUCAGAUUUUAGUGCAAUAUACAUACAUAUGUAUAUUAUUAUAAAAAUGGCAUAAAUCAAAAUAAGUAAUAUAAAUAUAUACGAAUUUCGGUACAUUUCUGAAACAGUA